CAGCCAGCCAACACGGGGUUAUCAUUCGAAGAAAAGAGUUCUGUCGUAGAUAAACACGGUGGGAUAAAACAGGAGGACCUGCUGAGGGCUUUGUCUUAUCAGGAUAUCGGAGUGCAGCAGCUCAGGAAUCGUCUGAGCGAGGGAAAAGCUAUCGUUGCCUUGUGAAGCGAAAACGCACCCACUCACCCACCCACGGAUGUGUCUGUACUUGGGAGUCGUGGAACACCUGCUGGAUGUGGUGGCCUACUGCAUGUGCCGUGUCCUGGAGCUGUCCCUGUUCACCUGCAUGAUGGUCUGCGGCUCGCUGAAGGCCAAGCUGACCCACGGGCCCACCAACGAGCUGGAGCAAUGACCGGGCCACUACGAGAGCUGCUAAGAGGAUGCGCUCCCAGGAUGCGUGUGUGCUUGUGUGUGCGAUUCGGCUAAAAUUUAAUAAAUGAAACUUUUUCUAUAGUGGCGAAUAAAUUACGACUUGUAUGUGUGCGAAAA